AUGCCUAGCAUGUGGUUAACAGAGAACCAGAAGAUCGGUGUGAUCUUCUGUUCAGCAGGAGGAUUGUUCUUCUUUGGAGGAGUGUUGAUGUUCUUCGACCGGUCAUUACUCGCCAUGGGAAAUAUCCUCUUCCUGAUCGGCCUGACCCUCAUCAUCGGCGUCCAAAAAACAUUGAUCUUCUUCACCCGCCCCCAGAAACUCAAGGGAACAGCCGCCUUCGCCGCCGGUAUCCUCCUCAUCCUCUUCCGCUGGCCAUUGACCGGGUUCCUGAUUGAAUUGUACGGCCUGUUCAUUCUCUUCGGAGAUUUCCUCGUUACCAUCGGGCAAUUCGCUGGCAACAUCCCUGUUAUCGGACCUUAUAUCCAGCGCGGUCUGGAGGUUCUUGCUGGUGGGAGGAGCAAUGCCGAACUCCCUGUAUAA